GUCCAUCCGUGCACGGCUACCAUGCUCGGUAACACCGCUCCCGACGGUUACGGCUGGACUCGAGAGGGGAUAUUUUACCAUUAUGGGUCACCUCUUGGCAACUUAUGGUGAUUUGGCACUUCUGCUGCAUCAAUGACCUUAGAGGGCCUCCACCCUAUUGCUGGCAUAAUCAGCUAACACCUAAUACGAAGACCUUGGCUCGUCCAAUCUGUGCUGUCUUAUAAGCGCUGACCCCGCCCCUUUUCAUGGCAUGAUCGUCCAGCAUGUUGUUCCGAGUCGCUCUGUCCUUGGCGGCGUUAGCAGGCCUCCCCUUAGUUGACGCUGUUGAUCCUUUGGUAAAGCUGAACUACAUCACUUAUCGCGGUGUUGCUCGCUCGACUGGUGUGACAGAGUGGUUGGGGAUUCGAUACGCGGCUCCACCACUGGGCGAGUUGCGCUGGAGAGCUCCUCAAGCCCCGUUGAAUAACGAGACGGUGAUUGAGGCUGAUACGCAUGGUCUAAUUUGCCUGUCUACCCCCGGUACACCGGGAGAUCCUACAACCUCCGAGGACUGUCUCUAUCUCGACGUCUACGCGCCGAGCAACGCAUCAUCAUCCUCAAAGCUUCCAGUCUACCUGUUUAUCCAAGGCGGCGGAUUCAAUGUCGAUUCCAACCCGAACUAUAACGGAACUGGCUUGAUCCAGGCAUCUGAGAUGAACAUCGUUAUCGUCAACUUCAACUAUCGCGUUGGUUUGUAUGGCUUCCUCGCUAGUCAGGAGGUGGUCGAUAAUGGAAAUACCAACGUUGGCCUGUUGGAUCAAAGAAUGGUCAUGCAGUGGGUUCAGCAGUAUAUCUCACAAUUUGGAGGCGAUCCCGAACAUGUCGUUCUUGGGGGAGAUAGCGCUGGUGGUGCUUCCAUUCUCCUACAUCUGACCGCUUACGGCGGUCGGGAUGAUGGUCUCUUCCAGGCGGCAGCAGCCGAGUCUGCAACUUUCGGCAAUAUGCUCACUAUUUCACAAUCCCAAUAUCAGUAUGACGCCAUUAUCGAGCGAGUUGGAUGUGGAUACGAGGUAGUCGAGGACACGCUUGGCUGCCUCAGAUCUCUUAAUGUGUCCUAUCUUCAAGCAAACAACUACAACGUCCCUUAUCCGAAUUUGGGAGCUGGCGCCAGCGCUCCUAUUUAUAUGUAUCAGCCGACCAUCGACGGCGGAUUGAUCACGGACUACAGCUAUCGCCUUCUACAACAGGGUCACUUCAUCAAGGUUCCUGUCAUCUUCGGAGACGACACCAACGGUGGCACAAUCUUCACCCCGAAAAACACGUCUUCCUACCAAGAGAUGGACCAGUUCUUGAAUGAUCAAUUCAGCGCCAUGACGGCCAAUCAACUGCUCAUCAUGAACGCUAUGUAUCCUCCGGCAGAGACAUAUCCAGAUUCGGGCCCGUUCUGGAGGACAGUCAGCAAUGCUUACGGGGAAAUGAGGUUUAUGUGUCCUAGCCAGGCGGUUGGUAGUGCAUACAACCAGUUUAGUGCCGCUGGGGCAUGGAUUUACAGCUAUAACGUCAUGGAUCCACUCGAAAUGGAAGGGGGUUACGGCGUACCACAUACAAUCGAGAUCAAUGCCAUCUGGGGCCCAUAUAACGUCGCUCCCGGUUCCGCACCAGCAUCGUACUAUCCGGGUCAAUCAAACGCCGCGAUCAUUCCAAUCAUCCAGGGGUACUGGACGAGCUUCAUACGUACCUAUAAUCCGAACAUCUAUCGCCUUGCCGGGUCGCCAGAAUGGGUUCAGUGGAACGCAUGGGCGAAAGACAGACUCCUCUUCCAGACGAAUGCUACAGCUAUGGAGAUUGUUGAUUACGGACAGCAGGCGAGGUGUGCGUAUUUGCAGUCCAUAGGCGUUUUGACGCAACAGUGA